CUUGCUUUUGAACCAUAUUUUAGUGAUAAUGAGAGCAAAACAUAUACAUGGCAUGUUAAAACAUGGUAAAGUUACGAGAUCGUUGUCCAUCUGUUGCUAAUUUAGAAGAAGCUGAUAAUUCUGAAAACCCAUUACGACGAGCUUACAGUGAAAACAACCUUGAUCAUUCAACAGAGGAUCUUAGACAUUCUACAUUAUCUGUAAGUUGUAAACGAGUCAAUUUAGGUGAAAAAAUCAUUGUGACAUGGCAGCUGGCAAAGUCUCCAACACCGAAAGACAAGCUAGCCCUAUAUUAUCAAGGUGAACAUUGUCCUAGUAAAUUUAUUGAUGCAAAGAACAAACACAUUGGGAAAAACACAGUUGGUUCAUGUACAUGGUAUAUUUGUAAAGAUUCAAAAUUCAAUGAAGUAGUCAAUGUUUGUGUUUUCAAGUAUCUACGUGGUGAAUCAAACGAAUGUGUUGCAACUAGUCCUGCAUUUACUAUAUGCUGCCCGUUGUCAUCUCUUUCAGCUGAAAUGACUCCACCAAUGGCAAUCCCUGGUGUAGAUGAUUUGUUAGAAAUUAAAGUGUCUGGAUUACGGGCCAGUAACUUAAAACGGGGUUUUUUUGGUAAGCCAAACCCUGCUGUGAAAAUUAACAUUGUACCAAGAGUAAGGCAUUUAGCAGCAUUUCAAAAGCACCAUGGUCAACAGAUAAAAACUCUUCCACAGUCAAACACAACCGAUCCCAGAUGGGAUGAAAAGAAUCAUGAUAUACUGGCUACUGCAGCUGAUCUUCUUGAGAUUGAAGUUCGUAAUAAAUCAAAAGGUAGACCAGCGACUAGCAAAUUCCUUGGAAAGCUUGUGUUUCCUGUUUCAAAAAUCAUUGAAAUUUGUGGUUUAAACUCUUCACGAAGAAUUACACAGCAUCUGAUUGGUAGAACAACUGCUGAUAAAGUUCAAGGGACUUUCACUUUCACUCUGAAUAUCAAGAAGUCCGCUAAAAAAGCAGAGUAUAGAUUUCCUCGCUUAUCAAAACGAAUUUCUGCUUCCGGACCUUCUGACGCCACGCCGCCAACCCCCUCACCCACUUCCUCACCCACUACCUCAUCCGCUUCCUCAUCAUCCACUGUUACUAUAAACGUCGCAAAACCUCGUCCUCAUUCGUAUCACCCCCAAGUGCGUGAAAAGAACGGAACGUCCAAGUUCCGACAACGAACUUCUUCUGCUGCAUCGUAUGAAGAAGUCGAUGACGUAAUAAGUCGUACGUCUAUUCAGGAAGAAGAAACAGCUGACGUUGAAAUUUCCGACGAAGCACUGAGUAGUGAGCCGUCUUCUGCAACACUACCAUUUCGUAAUAAGUCAUGUUCUGAGGAUCCAGAACAUCUUUACGCUGAACUUGAAGUUGAAAGUCCCAUUUUGGAAGAAGAAAAUAUGACGUGCGAUAUUAUCCAAAACUCAACGGCGCAAACUAACGGUAUUGUAACGAAAACAUCCACCGACGAUGUCGUUUAUAAACCGAACAUGUUGCAGGAAAGUAAUUACUUUCGCGAAUCGAGAAGUGAUUCUGCUUUGUUGGAAAGACCUGACAUAUCGACUGACAUUCGCGUAGACUCUUCAAAUAACAUUAACAAAUUACAAGUCGAUGGUGGUGAUCAAUGCCAUACUCCUCCACGGAGCACCUUCUACCACGCUUAUAGUGACGAUCGCGCUCUAAACGGUUCUAAUAACAGCUCAAGUGAAGAAGAAGAAGAGCAGGAAGAACAGAGUUUCGUGAGGAUGACAACAAGCGACAUCCAAGAUGACGGCGUCGACGGCGAUAAUGAAGAGUCUGACGAUAACAAUUCUUUAAGGAAUGCUUGUGGAAACGCAAGUGACGACGAUACGUGUCAUGUUAGCGUUGAUGAGAAUGAAAAAGAAGUAAACGUUGAAGGAGAAGAACAAGCGUUUGCUGAUGAGGAGUACGCUGAGGGAGAAGAGGAGGAGGAAAGACAUUCUGAUGCUGAUGAGGAGGAAAGACAUUUUGAUGAUGAGGAGGAGGAGGAAGAACAUGCCGAUAAUAAAGAAGUAGAUAAUCCCGACGAAAACGAGGAGGAGCAUGCCGACGACGAGGAAGGUUAUGUCGAAGUGGAGCAUGAAUUCACACACGACGAGAUAGAAUCUUAUGAAUCCAGUGACGUGGAAGAAAAUGAAGAACAUUGUUCCUCACGGAGUGCUUUUCUUUCUUCUUCUUCUUCACACGAAGUGUAUCGCGUAAAUAGCUGUGAAAGACUCCUAGAGGAAGCUGAAAUAAGUGAAAAUGAAACUUCUGCGCCAGAACAUCUUUUUGUCGAUGGAUUAGAACCAAGAACCGCGAGUGUGUCCCAAAGAAAAACACAAAAUACAGAAUGGAGUGCGUUAAAUCUUUACGAGUUAGUAAAUAUAAAUGCUCCGAAAACUGAAAACACUUUACACACAGAUUCUAGUACGGUCCACCUUCACAAUGAGUCAAAUUCUAAAACGAAUAUCGCAUGUUCUAUUGAAAACGAUUCUAGUAUUACUAAUUUUGAAUCAGCAGGUGGUGAAGCCAGAGAAAUAAGUGAGGCAGAUAACACAGUUGUUUCUAUGACAACAGUUGCUUCACUGUUCGAAAACGAAAUGAAUUUGAUUGAAUUUGAAAGUGAGAAUAAUAGUAAUAUAAAUAAUGAACAUAUAAAAGAAGAAAACACUGAUAACAAAUUAAACUUUAAAGAAACAGAGCAAUCAACUGUACUGGAAAGUUUGUUUAAUCAAGACCAGUACAAUAACACAUCAGAAUACUUGUUUGACAUUCCAUAUAGUACAAGAGAACAUGAUAUAAUAACGGAACAGCAAGCCGUCAGUGAUAACGAAGUGGCUGGACAACAAAACGAAGAUCUGAUCGAACGAGACAAUUCAACGUCAGUUUCGACUGAAAACAAAACUGUUAUUCAAAGUUCGACUGUUUCAAACUCACCAGACCAGAAUGACUUAGUUCGUCCAACACAAGAAGAUACCUCGAAUGAUACUUUUGACAGAUGUAGCGCGAGCUCUGGUGAAACCGUGAAUGAUAAGAAAGUGAUCUACAGUGGAGGAGCACGACCACGUGAUAAAAAAGUAUACACAAAACCCACCCCUCCGUUUUUUCUCGACUCGCUUGGAGAAAGGAUGCGCGAGGUACAGAAUUUCCACCCAACCAAUUGGAGCGGGUCGACAGAUUUAAAAGAACUGACAGAAAAUCGAGAAAUCAUAAAAAUAUCAGAUUCGGGUCUUUUCAAGAAUGCGACGGAUGUGCCUGCUGUUCCAGAACGUAUUGACCUGCUAAUGUCUACCACACAGGAACGUGUUGGCAGGGAAGAGGAGGACGAAGAAGAAGAAGCUAAUAUAGUUAUCUUGAAAACCAACGAGGAACUUAGAGAUGCUGGUGUAUCUUCAUUUAUAAACAUUGCACCCUCACAAUCUCACCCGUCGAAAGAAGUGGACACACAUAAAGCGACUGUUGCUAGCGACACUUGUACAACAUCCUUAUAUACAACUGCCUGUACAAACGUUGUGUCUGGUUCUUCAUCAGAAACCCAUACUACUCCAGUGAGUGACACAAAUAACAUUCGUAAUGUUCCACUUUCUCGUAACGACCUAAAUAACAGAAGUUUAGGAAGAAGAAAUUCACACGGGAGUAAAAACAAAGUGAAUUUAGCACAGCUGAUAGAAAGUGAAUUCCCACCAUUUACUUGCCAUCAAACCACCGUUGCAACUCAAACGACCAGUACGACCACAUCUGUACAUAGGGUGAAUGCAAAGACUGACCAAGCAAGUGCGACAAAAGUCACCUCUGUCGUCACUUCUUCAACAAGUACUGGUGCGCUGUCUUUCGCAAUUUCUGCAACUCAGACUGAAUCUGGAAAUACGUCUUUGUCUAUGACACCUUUGGCAAGCGGUGUCCGUAUUUCUACGCAUGCGCCCCCUUCACGAGUGAGAUCAAAUAUAACAAUAACAGACACGUCUUCUUCCGGACUCUCUUCAUCCUCUCUUAUUAACAAAGAGGGCCGUCGUAGUUUGCGUAGUAAAAAGAGUACAAGACCACGAAUAGCCAGGAAUGAAAACAGGCAAAGCAUCGACAUAAGCGUAACAGCAUCUCCUCCCAGAACGCCAAUUGCCGAGAACGUGACUGUUCAACCCACUGGAGAGAUACUGGGCGCUUUAGAUGUUAGCAAUGAUAUCCCACCUCCGCUUCCACCUCGCGAGGUUAACCCUCGACGAGUGGUUGGGCCGACCGUAAGACCAAACGUGAGCGCAGCUAAACCAAAACCAGCUCGCAUCACACACACUGACAGCGCUGUAACUAAUCGAGAACAUAGCCAGACUAACUACAAGACUGCUGCUAGUCGAGAAGGUGCAGGAAGAGCCAGACAAACACCAAGAGUGAUGAACCGACUUACCGCUGCUACUACUGGGCGUUCACCGACGUCUUCAAGAAAACCAGGACAAGGUGGUGACGAUCGGAUGCCGUCAAAUUGGGAAAAAGCUGUCGACUCACAUGGAAGAGUGUAUUAUAUCGAUCACAAUAACAAAACAACCACGUGGCAUCGUCCAAGAAUAGACGCUCCAACCUCACCUGAGCACAAUGUCAAUACACAACUUGAGCAACUUGAUCGAAGAUAUCAAAGUUUACGUAGAACUAUAAGAGCUGGCAAGAAAACUGGCGAAGUGCAAGAGGGGACUUCAAGGUCUUCAGAAACAGCAUCAGCAUCAUCUGAAUCUUCACAAGGUGCAACAGCUGCAGGAGCAGAAGGAAGUAACACACAAACUCCAACAGCUAGUAGCGUUAGCAGGACACCUUCACUUGUUGAACGGUCAAGAGAACGUGCUAUUACCGACUCUCCUGGCUGUUUGUUCAUACGACGAAGAGAUUUUUUCCAAUUUAUAAAUAACCAUACUCUUGCAGCUCAAUUCCUACAUCGCAACAACACCUUAAAACAGAUAAUUAAUCGCGUCCGUGCUGAACCUUCAAAGUUUGAAAGGUAUCAACACAGCCGUGAUGUUGUAACGCUGUUGAAUUUCUUCGCAAACGAUGCAGCACCCCUCCCACCUGGCUGGGAAAUGAAAACCGAUCAGUUUGGCCAGUCGUAUUUUGUUGAUCAUGCCCGUCGAGCAACAACGUUUAUUGACCCAAGAUUGCCUAUCGAAGAUACAUCAAGAUCUCGUCGCCAUCGUGAGGGUGAUGCUUCGUCAUCUACAGCUGAACAGCAACCCUCCUCAUCACGAAGACAAAGACGCCCUCCACAAACUGCUCCACCGCCACCAAAUUACUCAGAACAACCUUCACAUAGUGUAGAAGCAGAAGCACCUGCUGCCUUACCUAAAACCUAUGAUGAAAAAGUUGUUGCUUUCUUAAAGCAAGAUGGUAUUAAAGAUAUCUUAAAAGAUCGAGAAGCAGAAUAUGCAAACAAGUCUUCAUUGCAACGAAAAAUAUCGUUCAUCCAACGAGAUGGUGUUAAUGGUCUAAAACGUCUUCAGAAUGAUAUGGAGUUAGUCAUACUUUUAAGUAUGUUCGAAGAAGAUAUUCAAAGUUACGUACCUAAGAAUGCCUUGCCGCAAACAUUACCCAGAGAACCGUCUUCACGAGGAACUAUAUCAUCUGGUCGCACGCCUGCUCCGUAUCGUCGUGAUUUUGAAGCUAAAAUUCGAACAUUUCACAAACAGAUGGUUCAAAAUGGUUAUGGUCAGGGACCAGGAAAAAUUAGAUUAAAAAUUCGACGUACACAUGUCUUACAAGAUGCUUUUGAGCAAGUCAUGAAACAGUCCCCUCGGGCUUUGCACAAAGAAAAACUUUAUAUCAAAUUUACAGGCGAGGAAGGCCUCGACUAUGGUGGUCCAGCUCGCGAAUUUUUCUUCAUGAUUUCAAGAGAACUUUUUAACCCUUAUUACGGCUUAUUCGAAUAUUCUGCUAGUGACACAUACACGUUGCAAGUUAGUCCUGCGUCAAGAUAUGCUGACAACGCCAAUAACUGGUUUCGGUUUGCUGGUCGAAUCAUUGCUCUUGCAUUAAUUCAUCAGCAUCUUCUGGAUGUGUUUUUUACAAGAACUAUUUACAAAGCUUUGUUAAGAGAGCCAUGGGACUUGAGUGACGUUGAAACAAUCGAUCAGGAGUACCACCAAAGUUUGACGUGGAUGCUGGAAAACGACAUCACUGAUAUUCUCGACCUUGUGUUUACUGUGAACGAAGAAGUUUUCGGUCAUAGCGAGGUAAACGAACGAGAAUUGAAACCGAACGGUAGAAACAUUCCAGUAACAGAGCGAAACAAACGUGAAUAUGUGGACCUCAACGUGAAAUGGAAAGUCGAACGUGGAAUGGGGGAACAAAUGGAGCAACUGAUAAAAGGCUUCUCAGAGGCGCUAGAUUUACAAAUGAUCUCUCUCUUCGAUGAUCGCGAAUUGGAACUGGUUAUAGCUGGAACUGCUGAUAUUGAUAUUAAAGAUUGGCGAAAAAACACUGAAUAUCGAUCAGGUUACCACGAUAAACAUGGCGUUGUACAAUGGUUUUGGAAAGCCGUCGACUCGUUUUCAAACGAACGGCGUCUAAGACUCAUUCAGUUUGUGACUGGGACAUCGAGUAUUCCGUAUGAAGGUUUCGGCGCACUACGUGGUAGCACUGGAUUAAAAAAGUUCACCAUUGAUUGCUAUGGAACGUCUGAUAUGCUACCUAGGGCACAUACAUGUUUCAACCGGUUAGAUCUUCCACCUUACAAGAACUAUGAUACGCUACUAGAGAAGUUACUUUAUGCCAUCGAAGAAACGAGCACGUUUGGUAUCGAAUAAAAUAAAAAAUUAGUUUUUAGUGAUAUUUUUAUAAGCAGAAAACAGUUUUUUUUAGAGCGUAGACGUGUUUUAUACUUCCAGACUUUCCUUCUCAAUAUUUUAUAUAUAUAUAUAUAUGAAUAUGUUUAAUUCUGUAUACGUCUUAAUACGUCGAUGUCAUCUUCACGUUAAAUGCUACUAUAAAUAUAUCUGCUUUCUCUUCAUCGGGAGAGCAUUCAGAGUACUUUGCUAAUUUUCUAAAGUUUUACCAACCCCCUAAAUUUUUAAAGUCGUGAAAGUUAUCUUGCAACUCGAAAGUGAAAUCAUCUCACUUUUUUGUAGAAGUAAACUUGAUGUUUUCUGUUUUUGUUACAAGUAUUUUCUUGAUGGAAUUAUUGUGUUCUUCAGACGUGUUCGAUGGCGUAAAGUGGGCACGUACAACUUAUUGAAGAAGCUUCGCUUGAUGAAAAUUGGUACAAGCUAGUUACCAGAUCAUCAACUUUGUUUAGUGUUUUGCGUCCUUGUUGGAUAUACUUUUUCUGUUUUUACUCUAUUUCUAUCUGUUAUCCUCAAGCCGGUUUCCACGUGAGGUCAUUCUUACGAGUCAUAUGCUUGCUUGUGUUCUUAAAUUGGUUAAGUUAUAAUGUGAAAACCACCAUUGAUGAUUUGAUCCUCAUAGCUAUCAGAGGUUCCUCCAAACCCUAGCUAAUAACUGUAUAUUUGCGAAGUGUACACAUUAAUUUUAACAUCAAUCUAGUAUAGAAAGAUAAAAAUGUAAUUGAAGCAGAUUUUUUCUAUUUUUUUAAUUACCUGUUUCCAGAUUUACAUUAUUACUUGUGUUCUGGGAAAGGAGUGUUUAUAUUAUAUGUUCUGUAUAAUGUAGUAGUGUAAAUUUCGGAACACUAGCUGAAUAUUGAUAAAAUUUCUCCACUUGUUAAAAUAAA